UGAAGUCAGCACGCGCUUCCAGCGGAUUGGUCGAGCGGUUGUCAGGAGUGUUUACAGGAAACAUGGCUUCUCUGUCUGCAGGAGAGCUUCAAGAAAUGGAAGUAGACCGAAGGGGAGAGUCUGAGGAGUCUGGUGAUGAUGACACCAGGAGGAAGAGCAUCAAUGGCGAGGUGGAUCCCAAUCAGCCCACUGCCACAAUUAAAGAAGAAUCACCUGUUGACAUGGACACCAUAACCUUGGACCCAGAGGAAGAGGAUGUUGAUCUUGUUCAUUGUCGCAUUGGAAAAAUUGAAGGACUGGAGGUGCUACAGAAGGCUAAAACCCUCUCCUUACGACAGAACCUCAUCAAAAAGAUAGAAAACCUUGACAGCUUGAGCUCUCUCCAGGAACUAGACCUCUAUGACAAUCAAAUCCGCAAGCUGGAGAACUUGAACAACCUCAAAGAGUUAGAGCUGCUCGACGUUUCCUUUAACGUUUUGCGGAAAGCGGAGAACUUGGAGGAGUUGACUCGGCUGAAGAAACUUUUUUUGCUUCACAACAAAAUUGGCACCAUUUCCAAUGUGGAUCACCUGAAAGAUCUCGAGAUGCUGGAGCUGGGCUCUAAUCGCAUCAGGGUCAUUGAGAACCUAGACGGUCUUUCAUCUUUGCAAAGUUUGUUCCUUGGCACCAAUAAAAUAACAAAGCUUCAAAAUCUGGACAAUUUACACAAUCUGACUGUUUUAAGCAUUCAGAGUAACCGGAUUACCAAAAUUGAGGGACUUCAGAACCUUCUCAGCCUGAAAGAGCUCUAUUUGAGCCACAAUGGCAUUGAGGUCAUAGAGGGCCUGGAAAACAAUAAAAAACUUACAACACUGGACAUCGCUGCCAAUCGAGUAAAGAAAAUUGAAAACAUCAGCCAUCUGACAGAGCUGCAGGAGUUCUGGAUGAACGAUAAUCAGCUCGACAACUGGUCGGAUCUUGACGAGCUGAAGAAUGCAAAGUCUCUGGAGACGGUCUAUCUGGAAAGAAACCCGCUGCAAAAAGACCCUCAGUAUCGGAGAAAGAUCAUGCUGGCGUUGCCCAGUGUACGUCAGAUUGACGCUACCUUUAUCCGCUUUUAAACUGCAGCAUAUGAUCCGCCUGCCAGCCUCUCAGUGUUUCAUCUCACCUCCCUGCCCACACAGACACAUCGGCCUCGACACAUCAGUUGUCACACUAUACACAAAAUACAUUCCAGCACAGAAGUCACCCACUGUUCACUCAUCAUACAUGUAUGCAUGUAUGCACUCAUUGAAACCUUGAUUUAUGCUGUUGUGUGGAAGCUUUUAUUUAUUAAGGUGGAACUGUGAAAACCUACCCUACGCUCAUUUCCUCAUUUUUCCUUCGCACUUUUGUUUUAUUUUAUUUUGAAUUAUUAUUAUUUUGCAUGUGGGAUACAGGUAAAGGGCCCCAUCAGCAAAAUUAGGAACCGUUCUUAUCAAACAAAUAUUUAAAGUUGUGCAGGUGUCAUAUUAGUGAAAAGGUGUGGCAUUAUAACUAGUUCAGGGGAUUUUUGUUUGAUGCUGUUCACAUGUUACAUGAUGUUUAAAGAUCACUUUAAGGUGAACUGCAAAGGGAAAUGUUAAAGAUAGAAUCUAAGUUCUGAUUUAUUUUUCAUACGAUAUCAAUACACUCCAAAAUGAUCCUAACCCAGGUACCAAACAUCGAAGCAGAACAUCUAAAAUGAAGCCUUAAGACGACAUAUUGACACCAUGCUGGUUUAAAGCAGCUCAACAGUGCUACCUGCAGAAAUAUGUCUUUUUAGGAAAACAUUAUUAACAAAUGUAUCAUUUAAGUAAACCUGAUGUCUCUACAAAAGGACAUGUUUUUGUGUCCAGCCGCCUUGUCUGUUCCUUGUCCUAGUCUUUUACAACUUCAAUAGUUAUUUCAGUGAUCUCUAAAAUAAAAUUUGUUUAUAAAGAUGGGUAUGUAAUCAGUGAUGCCACAAGUUUUUUAAAUCCUAAACACAAUCUGAUGACUCGUUUUUUUCCACCAACCCAAAAAAGCUAACAAUAAAAUGUAGUUUGUAUUAGAAAUAAAUUUGCAUUUUAAUGGCUGGGCUGCUUUAAAACAAUGUUUAAUCAUCUACAUUUUGAUGCAAAAAAACAAAAGAAAAAUCCCAUUUCUGUAUUUACAAACCCAAAUUUAACAUUUAGUGAGUAGAGUUGGUUAUUUACACGUGAUUUUUAAUAAAAAGUGGUAGAAAUGCUUAGAUCAAACUGUGAAUUAAUAACCUCUAACCAGAUAAAACAUCCUAGUAGUCUUCUAAUAAUCAGGCUGAAGUUUGCAUGUCAUUGUUACAGCUGAAAAGUGAUGCAUUACGAUGCCUUCCAUAGAGAUUAAAUUACAUAAGUACACAACAAAAAUCCAGAAAAAUAGGUCCAAACUUAGUGCAUCCUUUUUCUUCUUCUAUCAGUUGGGUAACAUUUUGUCAUAUUCAUCUCAAUUUGUUAAGACAAGAAAGUGACAUAAAAAUUGGUUUGUAUUUUUUUUUUUUUUAAUGGGCAUUUUAUAUAGUAAAUAUCUCAUUUUAAAGUAAAGUAAUACAAAUCAAGACUUGCUGAUCAUUUAAAAAUUACCUGUUUUUUGAGCCAGCUGUGACCCUAAACAGUGACAAGCCUAUGGAAGACUAUAAGCAGAGAUGGUGUGCAUUAUUGAUAUGAAUGUACAUUUAUACUGUCAGCCAGCUGGAAUUGGAAGUCCCCCCAUUUGUAAAUACAGACUAGACAACUCAUAAUGUAGAAAGUCUUUACCAUUAUCACCCUUCCUUUGUAAAGUGAUUUUCUGCCAUUUAUGCCUGGCAGCACAACAAAUUUGCAUUUGAAAAAAUAAAUCAAAAUUAUGAGAACAAAACUUGGUUGGUUGGUUUACACAAACUGCUUUCAGCUCCUGUCAGAACUGAGUCUUCAGGGUUUUGGACUUCUUUGAUGCUGUUUUUAAACUGAAUGUAUUAUGCAAAUAACAAUAAAGCGACACU